UUUAAGACACUACUGGAGCAUGAAAUACUUUGACUUGCAGGCUUUGCCGAUUCCGAGUGAGAUGAAGUGACCAUAGGAUCAGUGCGUUUCUGUCACUUGUUGGGCUGAACGUCUCGCUGAGGCUACACGUGAUGGUCGGUGCGCGUCACCGAAGCGCUGUCGCUCGCCUGGAGACUGGCGCAUGACUGACUGUUAUAGCAGGCAACUAUAAAUAAAGAACAAAUCCCUACAUAUUAACAGGGCACAAUAAGCAAACCACGCAGCAUCGGGGUUAUGGUCAUUACACCCACGCUGUCGUCCGGGGAAUCUCUGCGUCCAUGGCCAAAGAGGCGCUCCGGAGCAGUCAGUCAGAGGUGGUGGACCUGGCCAAGGCACGGAGGGAGCACGAGGUGUACGUCGAGGUCCUGAGGACCAGGCUCGGGCUGGAGGUGAUCGAGCUCCCCGCAGACGAGACGUUCCCGGACUGCGUGUUCGUGGAGGACGCGGCGGUGGUAUGCGGGGACACGGCGCUCAUCACCAGACCCGGGGCAGAGAGCCGGAGGAGAGAGACGGAGGCAAUGAAAGGAGCUCUGAAGGAUCUGAAUCUAAACAUUGUGGAAAUGACUGAUGAGAACGCGACACUGGAUGGAGGCGAUGUGCUUUUUACAGGUCGAGAGUUCUUUGUGGGCCUUUCCAAACGCACCAAUCAGAGAGGAGCAGAGAUCCUAGCAGAUGCCUUUAAGGAUUAUGCUGUGUCCACUGUACCUGUAGUGGAGGGGCUGCACCUGAAGAGCUGCUGCAGCAUGGGAGGACCAGGCCUUAUUAUCAUCGGCUCCAGUGAAGCAGCACAGAAAGCCCUCAAAAUCAUGCAGCAAAUGAGCGACCAUCGCUAUGACAAAAUGACGGUACCUGAUGACGUCGCUGCCAACUGCAUCUAUAUGAACCUGCCUAAUAAGGGACAUGUGCUUCUGCACAACACAGCCGAAGAGUUUCCAGAGAGUGCAAAGGUGUUCGAGAAGCUGAAGGACCACAUGCUGAUCCCUGUGCCCAAUGCAGAAAUGGUCAAAGUGGAUGGAUCGCUCACAUGCCUCUCUGUACUCAUCAACAAGAAGGCCAACAUUUGAGCGUGCUCACCAGGGAGUCUCUCAGUGCAUGGUAACAAAGCAGAUUUGUAUAUCUGAUCACCAAGAUCAUCUGACCCCAAGAUUUAUCAAAACUUUCUUGGUACUUAGAGGAGGGAUAGGCAGCGUGUUGUUGCUGAGGGGCAAAGAAAAUAUAUUGUAAAUUGAAGAGCCUUCUCCUCUACCUCCCUAUAAGAAAAAAUACUGAAAUUACAGUGAAAGGUCUUAUUUUGUUCUUGAUCUGCAUAAACAGAUCUAACUAAAGGCAAAUAAACAGGCUUGCUGGUUUGGUAGGUCAUGGAGUCUCCCCAUGUUAAGCCAUGUUUUUGACAGUAUUUGUCCUUUAGAACUGUAAGAUCAUUUAAAUUAAUUAGAAAUGUUUCUGAUAAGCUCAUCAGAGCCAACCUGCAUAGCCCCUACAGUGCUGCUGGUGUGUAAAUCAGCCCUUGCUUACUGUUCGAUGUUUACAACCCUUUAACAGAACCACACAGAGCAGUGGACCAUCAAAACCAGUUGGAUUUGUUUGAUAAAUAGUUUUUGUUGUCCUACCAAUAUUUCACAGCAGAUUUGAAAAUGACAAAAUUAACAGACAUCUACAGUGAAAUGUGUUUGGUAUUCUGUUCACAUGCACCACCAAAAGUGUGAUUUAGUUUUUGUGUGUUUGGUUACACAAUGCAAAUGCAACUCAGUUUCUGAUAUAUUUUUCCAGAACUGUAUUUUGGAGCAAGGAGGAUGGAGAGAUGAAAUCCUGCUGUAUGAAAACCCUACAUGUACCACUGCUGUAGUAUGAAAACCUCAAUGUCACUUGCUAUUAACUUGUAUGUUACAUUACUUUUCUGUAAAUUUGAAGUUCCACAUUCCAAAUUCCAUUGCCACCUGUUGAUCUGACCACAGGAUGCUUUGAUUUCUCAUUCAGAAAAUGCAGUUCUUGAAAGUCCUUCUGGAAAGAGGAGCGUUUGGUAUCGCAUUGUUAUGAUUGCUUUAGCAUUUUGUGAUUGAUAUUGAAAGUACUGCCACUGAGACCUGAGGUGCUCUUACUUUUCAUGACUAUUGCUUACCAAUCAUUCCCAUUGAUUGUAGACUAGUGGUGACAGUUUUUGACCCUUAAUAAUUGCCACCAGCUGCAGAAUUUAUUCGACAAGGACCCACCUGUAGCUGUUUUGUGGCAGCAAUUUUGCAUCUCUUCUGUUAAGCAUUUGGGGAUGCAAACUUAAUAAGCUGCACCAACCCUGCAGAGGCCAGUUAAAAACUGCCUGUGUAGGAAAUGUACGUUUCCAUUACUGUGAGUUGAACUAAGCUUUAAUUUAGUCCAAAAUAACACAUCUGUCUUAAUGUACUACUGUUGUAUACCUGUAUGGAAAAGCAAUGGCUUUAUUCCUUCUGAAAGAUUCUGAAGGCAUUGUUGUUGUUGUUUUUACACCCCAUUGAUUCUACCUGUGUUGUUCAUUUCACUGUUCUUUUUCCCAUCUAGCAGUUUUUAAACUCCAAAAGUGACUUGGAACAUGCUGUGAUGCAUGUUCCAAGUCACUGACGUCUCUUCCACUAAAUCCAGUAGCUCCAAAUGUGCUGCAGUGAGUUUACUUUCAGCAUGCUGAACAAACUCACUGCCCCUUUGGCGUGUCUAUGUGUUGCAGAUGUUUAGAGGAUGUUGAUGAGCUGUUUUAGUGGCCUUACCUUUGUUGUUGCUGAAUUCAUGUUUGAGGCCUGUGGCUGUGACUACAUAGUAUAUGUUAAUAUUUAAACUGUACAUACACUACAUGCUGUGUAUACAGUGGUUCAGAUGCUGUUCACAUCUGAACCACUGUUGUUUCUCCAUGUAAGUGAACAUUGAGGAAAUGACAUCAGGAGGUGAUUGAAUCUCCCUCCUCAAAUGUUUACGUAUGGGCAAACGAGUAGUGAUGAAACAUGGAAAGAAUUCCUGUUGGGAGGAGAGGCUUGUACGCAAGUAAACAGUGACUGUUAAACUUUCUUUCUCUCAACUGUCUCACGCUCAGCACUCACUCUCUCCCACCCUUAGCUGUUGCCUCAUAGAUGACUCUGGGCUAAUUUAUGGCCAUGAUAUCAUACAGUCUGGCAAACGCUGUAGACGUGAUGGCCUGUGUGACACUAGUACUGUAUUUUACAGAAGGCGGCUGGCUGGGUGCAGGUUCUUAGGUGCAGAGCAAAGUGGUUCUGAUUCUCAGUUGAUUCUAGAAGGCUGAGACUGCCAGAGAAAGUCGUACACUGUCUGACUAGUACUGUGUCAACCAGGGCAAGUAAAGUCAUUGUUUCUGAAGCUGUCAUCUUGUCUUGGAGUGUUCCCAAUUACUGUUAGUUACUUGUAUAUCUCUGAGCUCUCAAAAUCUUUUCUGAUUGCUGAGUAGAAAUCACAACAGUACAACAACAGUUUAGUACAUUUUUGGCUUUUGCCUGGCCAGGCUGUAUGAGUAAGUGCUCCCGAAAAGUGUGCUUACUUUGUUCAGGGCUUAAUUAUCCUCUUACUCACCCCAUUAAUCAUGAUGUCAUGAUUGCCCAUGUUUGAACUCAAGCCUCUUGCUUUUCAUACAAGUUGUGGGUAGUAAUUUUUGAGUCAUUUUUAAUUGAGCUUUUCGUCUACUUUGUGUACUACAUAAACAUUUGGCAUUCAGCUGUGUUGUACUUUUUUAAAGAUUCAGAUUAAAAUUAGUUGAGCAUG